ACAGUCCCAUAUACUGCAGAAAGAGUGAGAUUUUUAUUACAAGAACUUCCAGAUUUGUUUAGCUUGACCAUGGAUGAAGAUCACGAUCAGAGAGUGUGCAAUGUUCCCUUUAAUAUUUUUGGAAGGGGUGGAACUGGGAGUGGAAAUCGUAAUAACGUCAACGAUGUCGAUGAGGAAAAUGAAAGCUCUGAAGACGAGUUAGAUAUCAUCCUGAAUGGGACUCCAGAACAGAAACGGCGUUUGACGAGGAGCUUGAGCCGAGGCAGCCUUCAGAUGUCCUCCAGUGAAGAUGAGUUUGAGAAAGAGAUGGAGAUGGAGCUGGAUGCGACCAUGAAAAACCAUGAGAAACAAUUCAGGGUUGAUGUGGAGAAAAGGCUUUCUGCAGCAGCCAGAUCCAAUGCCCAACAGAGGCAGUCAGCAGCACCAUCAAGUGGACACCCUGGAGGACCUACUCAACAGCAGUGCUAUGAUGAAGUCUACUUUGACUCUGAUGAAGAAGAAGAGGAGAAAAAGGAAAACUCUGCAGAGGGUGCGAAAGCGGGUGGCGGGGGUGAAGACAAGGAGCAAGCCAAAAAGCAACACCGCAUUCCAACCAAUGAUGAUCUCUUAUAUGACCCUAACAUUGAUGAUGACAACCAAACCUGGAUGAACAAACAAAGAGCACAGUACUACCCUAAGAGGGCUCCUAAGCGAUCACAUGACCUGGCCUCUUCAGAAAGUCCCUCAGGGACUGGCGCUUCUGCCCAGUCAGCUCGGGCUCCCAAACCCGACCAAGCGGAAGGUGCAAAGAGUCAAGAGUCCAUCCCAAAGACAGAUGCCAUCUUGAACUGUCCUGCUUGUAUGACAACACUCUGCAUCGACUGUCAAAGGCACGAACUCUACACCAACCAGUACAGGGCUAUGUUCGUCAUGAACUGCUGCAUCAUCCGGAGCGAACAACUGAGGUAUCCUGAAUCCAAGAAAAAGAAGAAGUGGAGGAAGAAGAGGCGGCAUGAGGGGGGAGAAGUGGAUGAGGAGGAGGGAGGUGCAUCCACUGGGGAUGAACUGUACCACCCUGUCAAGUGUGCAAUCUGCAACACAGAAGUGGCCGUCCUGGACAAACAUGAGAUCUAUCACUUUUUCAAUGUAUUGUCUAGUGCAGCUUGAGGAUGAAAUCUUCGACUUUGGAGGACCCUACUUUUGGAUUUCAGACAUUUCCCAGUCCAUGAUCACAGACGUUCACUUAUCUAUUCUGACAGAUGAAUAGCAAGCAUUCAACUUUUUUUUAUGUACCCAUUAAAAAUCAGAGGAUCACAGAGUUUCAUGAAUCUGUAUCAUAUAUUUGAAGAAUCUUGAUUUUACCAGUGCAUGUUACAAAAGUGAAAUCCACUAUUCGAGGGCUCAUUUUCAGAGAUUAUUAAAUAUUUUAAUUUUAUCAAAAUAUGAAAAUGCAACUGUUCAGCUUUUAGUUUGUUAUUGAUACCCUGCCUGUACCUUUUUCACUAAUCAUGACUCAACUAAUCAAUGCUAAAUUAAUGUUAGGUACAAAUUCUAUUUCUUCCAAAUUUCGGCAUGUACAUACACUGUCCAAUCCUGUCUAGUGCAUGUACUCUACUGAGUAUUCAAAUAUAAAUUCUAAUGAGUAUAAUUUGUGAAAUGUGACUAGCAAACUGGAUUGCCAAGCAUUCUUUGCAACUUUUUUUUCUGCAACUGUUUUUCUGGUCAGGAAUUUUACAGUUUGAGUACAGGAGUUUUAUCAAAAUGACAUUAUUAAUAGUUUAUUUUCACCUGGUCUACUUCUCAUAUGGUCUAAUAUCACUGGUGCUCAACCCAUUUGGUGUGCCACUGCUACGAAUUUGAUCUACACAUCACUUGGUCUAAUACCCUCGUCCUGUUGUCAUAUGGUCUAAGCCCAGUCUGUCUAAUUUCCAUUUCCUCCUUAUGAAUUUUUAUUACAUCAAAUGAAAAUUUGGUUCAUAAACGGCACAUCCAAAUGAAGUGUUGCUGAACCAACACAGAUGAUAAAUUGGCUACUAGUAAAUAGCUAUUACCGGUAGACCAAAUGGUUAGUAGACAAACUGGUUGGAGACAAAUUAUGAUUAAACGUUGUAGGAUGAGACAAAACACAAUGUAGAAGAAGCUGGUAUAGACCAAUUUGCAAUUUACCUUCAUAAUUUGUAUAUUUUAUAUCAAAUAUCAACGUAAUUUUCUCAGGAUGGGCAUUUGAAUUGGUAUUCUAUGCUGAUUGUGAGAAAAGUUUGUGGAAUACGAGUUAUGACGAUGUUCAAGAAUUAAUCCUGAUAACGAUAUUUUUGAUAAUACAUUUUCAGACACAGGACAAUUGCAGAGCACUGACUCGAUCAAAAUAAAUACAAAUGUCUCAAAUUGA